AUGUCGACAACAUUCGCACUUACAUCCGCAUCCGCAUCCGCGCUGGAAACUCCAGUCAUCGUCAUCGAUACCUGUAUCGUAGGUGGAGAUUUUGAUCAUUUUUCUUAUUCCUCCUCUUCUCCUUUUACCCCCUCGUUCUCCUCGCUUUCCUCUUCUUCGCCUCAAUCUUCCGUCUCGAAUUUUCUUAAUAUUCCUCGUUUUUUCAUGAUGACUUCACCCUCAACCAGAAAUCUAAGAGUCCAUCGCAGGAAUGCGAUUCCGACAUCGCCGCUGACGCCGGUUAAUAGUCCCGCGUCGCCGGAGGUGCGAGAUAUCUAUUUGGGAGUCCCGGAUUUUGGAGUGGGUAGUCCGAGUGUGAGGUGUAAGGGUUGGAGUUCUUCGUCUUCUUCUAGCGAGUGCAAGUCCGAGUGCGAUGGUGAGGGGGCUGGAAGAGGAAGGGGAGAGUUGGUGAUGAGUCCGAUUGCGCCGCCGAAUACGCCGUGUUCGCCUUUGGUUUUGGGACGGUUGGACAGGGGUUCGAAGGAUGAGGGGGGAGAGGAUUGUGAGGUUUUGAUUUUGAGUGAGAGUGAGAGUAAGAGUGAGAGUGAGGAGUUUGUAGAUAAUUUUCGAAACCCUAGUGGGUAUUCGAUGAGGGAGCGUGUUUUUGGAGAUAUUCCGCAAAUUGUGGUGGGGUGUGAAGAGGAGGGGUGGGGGCAGUUGGGUGUGGAUGCGGGAAUGGAUGUGGGGUGUAUUGUGGAAAGUUGGGAGAUGGAGAUUCAGCUGCGGAAUUGA